AUGCAAUAAUUUUAUGAUACAGAUCUAUAAAGUGAACAUCCACCAUCAGAUGUUUUUAGUGAAAAGGAUAUUCCUAAGGAAAAAUUACAUAAACAAAAAAUGCUUUACAAAAAAGAAUUUAUUCACAUCAAAAAGGAAGUCAGAUAAAGAGGUCUUAGCUAUGAAAAACCAGCAUAUUUUGAUAAAGUAAAAAUAGCAAUGAUUUAAAUAACUGAAGAGGAAUAUAAUAAUGGAGAUGAGAAAUUAAUUCUAGAAAAUGCUAACAUAGUGGAAUAACACAUUUUAUCUCCAUAAAAUGAUAGAUGGAUUGAUAAAGCAUUAUAGUCUAUGAAAAAAUAAGAGAUUAGUAUUUUUAUUCAAGAACAUUUAAAGCAUGAUGAAAAUUAAAUGAAAAUUUUGGAUUAUAAAGUGUAUACUAUAAUAAAAAUGAUUGAUUGGUAAAUAAUUGUUGAUCUUUAUUAAGAUUAAACUUAUUUAAAAUAUAUUCAACAAUUAGGCAUAGGAGGAGAUCGUUGUGAAAUGCUUGAUGAAAUAAUUUAUGAAAUAAAGAUCUUUUAAGGAGAUAAUUUAUUAUAUACAGAUUCUUAAGAUGGUCCAUCCCCUAUUAAAUUAUUAAAGUCAAAAGUUGUGUAUUAAAUUUUAAAGACAAUGAAAAAUAAAGAAAAUUCAUUAUGUUAAAUAAAAAAUGAUUCUUAUUUGUAAAAUGAGAAUUAAGAAUUCCUAUAAUCAUUAAAUUAUGAUAAAGAUAUUUAAGUAGAUUGGAAAAUCUAAAUAAAUGUGAAAACCUUAUUUAAAAUUGAAGAUUUAUAUGGUGAUGGAAUUUUAAUAAAAAUUACAAUGUAUAGAAGUAGAAACACAGCAAAACCUGAUAAAGUUUCAUUAAUAGAUUUUGAUAUGUGGAUUUAUUCGAUGUCUACAGAUCCAUAUCCAAAGAAAGAAAAUCUUUUAUAUUCAUCUACAGAUGAGGAUCCAAUCUAUGAUAGAAUUGAAGCAAAAAAACAUAAUGAUGAGGAUGAAGAACCAAGUAAAGGUAGUUUAUCAUUAUAUAUUGAUGAUCUAAAAGUAUCUAAAUUAAUGAGACUAGCUCUAUUAAGAAUGAAAAAGAGGGAAUUAAGUAUAAUUAAAUGUUAUGAAACAACGGAUCUUAUAAAAAAUGGUAUAGAUUAUGAGGGAAUGAAAGGAAUGAUUGAAAAGGAACUCAUUUAUGUGAUAUAUGUUCAUACAUUUAGUGAGGGUAAGAAUAACUUUAGUAUGACAAUUGAUGAAAAGAUAGAAUAAGCUAUAAGGAAAAAAUAAAUAGGAUUGAAAUGGAUUUCAUAAUAAAACUACAGAAAAGCUUUAAAAGUAUUCAAAACAAUUAAUGCCUAUUUUGAUUAUGGGACAUUUACUGAAGAUGAUAAAGAGAAAAUGAGAGAAGUAUCUAAAUUAUAUCUAAUUAGUUUCAAAUAUCAUCAUUACUGAAUUCUUCAUUGUGUAUGAUGAAAUUAAAGGAAUGGAAAGACAUGAGAAUAGUAUGUGAAAAACUAUAUAAAUUAGAUAGCAAAAAUUAGAAAGUUAUUUAUAGAUAUUGUUAUGCUUUGAUGAAUCUUUAUGAAUAUGAAGAAGCAUUAUAAAUAAUUACAGAAGAGAAUGAAGAUUUAAUUAAACUUAAAAAGGAAAUUAAAUAGCUAUAUUCUUAAUAUAAAAAUAAGGAGAAAUAAAUGUAUUAGAAAUGGUUAUCUUGA